CACAGCAGUCAUCUAAGCGAGAGGCUCAACAAAUUUAGAAGUACACUUAGUCUCCUCGACACCAGGAUUAUAAUUGUGAACCUCUCCUGUCAUGUUCAUCGAACUCUGAAUCAGCCUCGGCUGGAGUAUGAUCUCCUGAAACAACACAACUCCUGCAUCUUUUGCACUGGACCAGCCGUCAUCACAACAGAAGCACCCCUGCGGAAGCAAUGAAGUAAAAAACACACACCUCUUGAGAUGAUUCUCAGUAUGCUCGAGCGAGUAUAGAAUAUUUGCAGAUAGAAACGCGCUCAGCUCGCCUUACUGAAGAGUCUUGAUCAAUCGCAUACACAAUUACUUGAUUUCUUUUUGAGUUAGUUUUUUCACGUUGCGCCAUUCCUCGUCUCCUUGAAGGGGAGUGUAAAUAACGGAGUACAAGUACGGACUGGUGAAAGUCGGCCCAUAAAGCCCAUUAACAAGUUUAGGAGCGGGAUCCGUCGUGGUUUUUGAAUUUCUUCAGGUGUUCAAUUUCAUCAAUCGAUCUCUACGAUUUUUUGAAAUCCCGAAUGCUUCUUCUUCUUCUACAGUGACGUUUGUUUUGGCAAAGCUUCGGAACACCUUCGCAUCGAGAGUUUCGAGAGACAUGAGCGGCGCUCGACUUGAAUUCCAGAACCCUAUAGAGGAUGCGAUUUCAAAGCUCAAAUUCUCUCCAGAGUCAAACAAUCUCCUUAUCGCUUCUUGGGAUUCCUAUCUGAGAUUGUAUAAUGUAGAGAGCUCUUCGCUAAUCUUACAAUUGUACUCCCGUGCCGCUCUUCUCGACUGCUGUUUCGAGAACGAAUCAACUUCGUACACCUCUGGCUCCGAUGGGUUCAUCCAAAGGUACGAUUUAAACGCUGGAACAGUUGAUAGAAUUGGUGGACAUGACGACAUUGCUACAUCUGUUCUCUACUCUCAUGAAAAAGGUGCAGUUAUCUCUACUGGCUUGGAUAAGAAGAUCAAAUUUUGGGAUACAAGACUAGGACAAAGUCUUGUUCUUUCUACUGAUGCUGGUGCUCCAGUCAGAUGCAUCACUGUGAAUGGAAACAGCUUAGUGGUUUGCGUAGCAGCUUCAAUGCAUAUAUAUGAUUUGCGUAGCUUAGAUCGACCUUUUCAGUCUUAUGAAUCACAAGUUGAGGUGCCUAUCAGAUGCGUCACCUCUGUUCCUUUCUCCACUGCAGGAUAUGCAGUUGGCUCAGUAGACGGGCAAGUAGCCUUGGAUUUCCCCAAUACAGCAUGCUCUAGUGAGAUGAAAUACACUUUCCGAUGCCAUCCCAAGUCUAUGAAAGGAAGACUCCAUGGUGCAUGCAUAAAUUCCAUUGAAUUCACUCCAGGUGGGUCAGGGACUUUUGUGACUGGUGACAAUGAAGGCUAUGUUAUCUCAUGGAAUGCUAAAAGCAGAAGAAGACUCUUUGAGUUACCAAAGUACUCAAAUAGCGUCGCGUCUUUGGCAUUUAACCACACCGGAGAACUCUUGGCGGUUGCAUCAAGCCACACUUACCAAGAAGCUAACGAGAAGGAAGAACCUCCCCAAGUGUUCAUACACACGUUUUAAAAGAUUGGUGGCUUCUUGAAUCUCAGGUUAAUCAAAGCAUGACUCUCUUUUUUUUCUAGCUAUUUAGUUUGAAUCUGUGUGUGUUACUUGGUAGAUGGGUAGCACGUUAACCAUGGCAAGCAUGUUUUAUGGUAUUUAGAAGUUGCUAGACUUGUGGCAUGUUAAGCUUCCACAUGGAAGAAUCGUAUCUCUUAAGUCUCUCUCUAUGUUUGUAAACGUUCAUGUUGUCUUAUUCUCAGAGCUACAACACUUUGUCUA